GACAUGUGUGCGGUUGCGAAGCCGGGAGACGUGUGUGAACGAAACACGCGCUCCUAUGAGAGCAGUGACGCAGCCACGGUGGAUGCUGGGAUAGCAGGCGGUGGAGGUCAGAGAAGCUCCAAAAUGUCGGUCGCUGCUUUCACGUCCUUGAGCCGCUGUGGUGUUUUGGCAUUCCGCUCCCCCACGGGACUGGUGGCGGUGCGGUGUGCCCAAACGGCAGCAGCUCCUGCAGCUCAGCCCAGAGUGAAGAAGUUCCAAGUGUACAGAUGGGACCCAGACACUCCAGGAGACAAACCCCGCAUGCAGACCUACGAGAUUGACCUCAACACUUGUGGCCCAAUGGUUCUUGAUGCCCUGAUCAAGAUCAAAAAUGAGAUUGACUCCACUCUGACCUUCCGCCGCUCCUGCAGAGAAGGUAUUUGUGGAUCCUGUGCGAUGAACAUUAAUGGAGGAAACACACUUGCUUGUCUCAACAAGAUUGACACCAACAUUAGCAAGCCAACUAAGAUUUACCCCCUGCCACAUAUGUAUGUGGUCAAGGACUUGGUACCUGACAUGAGCAACUUCUAUGCUCAGUACAAGUCUAUUGAACCCUACCUGAAGAAGAAGGAUGAGUCAAAAGAGGGGAAAGAGCAGUACCUGCAGUCUGUAGCGGACCGACAGAAACUGGACGGGCUGUAUGAAUGUAUCCUCUGCGCCUGCUGUAGUACGAGCUGCCCAAGUUACUGGUGGAAUGGAGACAAAUACCUCGGACCUGCUGUGCUGAUGCAGGCGUAUCGUUGGAUGAUUGACUCACGAGACGAGUUCACAGAGGAGCGUCUGUCCAAGCUGCAGGAUCCUUUCUCCCUCUACCGCUGCCACACUAUCAUGAAUUGCACCAAGACCUGCCCCAAGGGACUGAACCCAGGAAAAGCGAUAGCUGAGAUCAAGAAGAUGAUGGCCACAUACAAGGAAAAGAAGGCCGCCGCUGUCUGAAGCCUCGGUUGUCCUUUUGUACAACUUUUCCCUCCGUGAUUAAAUUAUAUAUUGAUUAAAAAUGCUUAACAAGGUCUGAAGGGCCAGUGCACGAGUCAUCUCCAUGACCACCACACCCUAAAAAAACCACAGAGUCAACUAAUGGAAAUGGGUGUGUGUGCCUGUGGUUGGAGGACUUGGUGUUACACAAACGCACAUGUACAGUAUGAAUGCAGGAGAGAGAGUGUGUGUGUCUUACAUGUACCAGAACAGAGGUAUUUAUCUCCAGCUCCAUUGUGUGUAUGUUUGUGCACUUGGGAGACAUGAUGCUGAAUAUAAAAACAAGGAGUUUUCGUGUGUGUAGACAUUUUUUUUUAGCUUCUUGCUUUUCAGGUUAGCAGCUGGUUCACAGACAUACAGUGUAUAUGUUCCCUCAGAUCUUCCAACAUACCAACAGCUUUGUUUUGAUGGAGAAUAAAUAUAGUUGAAAUGCC